UCGUGACGACUAAAUACAUGAAAGAUGAUAACGUUGCAAAAUAUUAUUAGUCCGCGAGGGAUAUUGGAGCAGAAAAUGUCAUUCUCUGGAAAGAAGUUUAGGAGAGUACGGUGCGAAAAUGUUGAGGAGUUGGUUAAGGCUGCCAACAUCAACGAACACAUAUCAAGGAUCCUCCAGUGCAGUGCCCCGACCUUCUGCUUCACGAAGCUGGAUGACGAGACCUUCCAGUUCACCCUCCAAACUGAGGAAAUACAGUACACCAAGAACUUCAGACUUGGUGAGGAACUCGAGAUGGAGAGGCGAGAUGGAUGUAAGGUAAAAAUCACAUACACAAUGGAGGGAGACAAUGUACUGAAACAGAUGAUCAAGCAGCCAGAUGGAAAAGUGGCUUAUUUUAGGCGCGAAUUCGGAGACACGGAAACCAAAAUGAUAAUCACAACGGAAGGUACAAACAUACAAGCAUUUAUAUACUAUGAAGUAGUGGAAUGAUAUUUAGGCAAGAACAUGAAGAAAAUAUCGAUCAUAUAUGACUUCAGGAAACCGCUUAUAUAUAAUAUAAAACAAGGUUACCUAUUCAUUAGUAAGUAAUUAAGAAUAUAUUAAUCAAAUAAAUGUUAAUAUAAAAAAAUACGUUACUGCAAACUGCGAUCUGAUCGGUAUAAUGAAAUGUAUUUAAAGCUAAUUUAAAUAGCGUUUCGUCGCAAUUUUUUAUUCAUCUCAAAACCGCAUGAUAUGCUUGAAAAAUAAACCUUACAUAUUUUGAAAAAUCGGCUGUUGUUUUACCUGCCAAGAAUACUAUUGUAGCUUCUUACAGCUGAGAUGGGAUGAAAGAAAAUGAUUACAAUGCUGUGAAUGUAUUUAUUUAUUUAUUGUAAGUACAGUCGGAGGCAGACAGACGUAACACCAUAGGGAGCCAUGCUUAUUUGCAACCGAUUGUACAUUUAAAGAUAGUACUUAAUAAAGACAAUCGCAUUUA